UUCGCCCCGGGAUUGGGUCGUGAAAAAGAAGACGCACUAUAGUAGGCUCCGUGGUCAUGAUGCGCAAUCAAACAUAAUUAGAAUUAGACUGGAAAUAAAUAAGCCUUCCAUCAUGGUCGUCGUUCGCAGAACCCAUAGCCGCCGAGGCGGAUCGCUUUCUUCGGCCGCGAGAUGCGCCGGGGCUUGUCACGAUGAUCUGCAAUGUCGUGGUCGACGGGUUCUUCAGUUGCUUGUGUGUCUGGUCGUGGUCCAGCAAGGCGCGGCAGAACCGGCCAGCAGUUGGAAUGGCAAAGGAAACAUCGUGAUCCCGGUUCACUUAUCAAAUGUAAAAAUGUCUGGGUCUGGAAGGAUGCGAACUUGUGAUGCGUGUUGCGGAUCAUACAAAAAUCUGUGUUGCAUGACUUGCAAAAGGUCCCCAUUUCUAGCCAUGCCGGGGGGGGAUUUCUCAUGCAGAAUAGGCAUCACCAAGGGGCUGCAGAACCUGUGAUGCUAGGCCCUGCAUUCGAGACUUGGCGGAGCUUGGAAAAACUGCAUGACAAAUCUCAGAAUCUUCCAGACCCAGACAUUUUUACAUUUGAUAUCACUUUGCGAAGGAGAAUAAAUCUUCUGGCGUUCUUUUCCACGGAACCGCACAAAGACCAAUACUACCGCAGGAGAGACAACAAGUAUCGGAGGAAAAGAACGUUGUGGCCGAUCUCCAUGAUCCCUCCCAUACCGCCUCCACCACGCUUUUACUCGACCAAGCCCGGCCGCUGGUCCAGGUGACGGUAUUGCAAGGAAAAAUCCACCCUCCCCAUAUUGAAAAAGUACCUCCUGAAAAUUUGUGAUGCAGAUUUGUGACCACAAAUCCUGUCUGUCUUGUGAGAAGGCAAAUCCAGGCUUUGUGCCACGCUAUGCAGGCGAUUUGUGAUGCUGUAAGGACUACAGGGCAGCCGUCUACCGUGCUAGGUGGCUACACCAAAAGGCACCUAGCCAGGCUUGCGAUCUGCGUGCAGUCCUCUACCGCAAGACAAAUCUGAGCUGUGUACGCCAAUCCAGGAUGACAGAUUUCCUUUUCGAUAUGGGGAGGGGGGAUUUUUCCUUUUGAUAGACGGUGGGCACCAACCAGAACCUCUCCCUCGUUCUGGACUCCCUGAGUCCGAGUGUGACGCUUUUCACGACGGAGAGCAAGGUGAACCAGUGCGGGGUGAAGGCGGAUGCGUGUUUCCAGUUCGCAGGCCGGGGAAAUGGCGUCGAGGAUGAGAACGACCAACAAGGGGUGCUGUGCCACUUGGAAAAAGACACAAUACCGUGCAGACCAGGUACUAUUUUAGUAGAGGACACUGUAUCUGGUACUGAACACCGGCUGGUGCUCUCCGUGAUGCGAAGUGCUGCAUGACACUCACGGUCUUGCAUGACAAAUUAACAGGUUCCGGUGUUUUUCUCUCCUGCAAGGAGCCGUUCCUGCCCCCGGACGCGUUUUUCACGGACUCCCACUACGGCGAAUCCUAGCCAUUGUGAAUAUUUGUCAGGGUGGUCCUCUGGAAAGUUGAAAUGCUUCUUUAAGCAGGGUACCUGUAGACGACAGUAUUUACUACACACAACACUGUCACAGAGUUUCUACUGCAUGGGUCUGCAGCGGUGCCGCUGUGCCCGGGGUCUGCAGCGGUGCCGCUGUGCCCGCAGCCCCGGUGCCUGCGUGCACGAGAAAUCGCGUUUGUUUUCCCUGGCGGACCUGCUCUUCCGCAACCUGCAUAUUAGACAAACACAAUUUAUUGCAGUCUUAUUACACUCGCAUUGUACAACUCUAUUUCCAGACCCAGAGACGUGUUUCCACGGGAUAAACCCAUAACCCUGCCCGUCGACGGCAACGACUUGACAACCACCAGCGCCGAGGGCAUUGCCGGGAAGUUUUCUCUCCGCGAGUCGGUUUUCACCAUCGCAAACGCGCCCAUGAGGUUUGUGAAGGGCUUGGACGUAGGUAGUAGUUCUGACACGGUUAGUAUGACAGGAAAAAAGUGUUACAGUAGUUACACAUUGUGUAGUUGCAAGACCGGCAACACAGACAACCUUUCUCAUGCAGGAAAGGCUUGGGAGCCUCGUUUCCUUCCUGUUUUCCCUUAUGAUCUUCGCAUUACAAGUUUUCUCUGCCACACAGAGAAAAUUUGUGAUGCAGAAACUACUCCAACAAAUGUGUACACUUUUUUCUCGUCAUAGUUAGAAGUAGAAGGACUUCUUCGGCGACAAGAGAAACCGCAGAGGGUACCGAUUCUGGCGAGUAUCAAUCAAACCCCUAUAACCUGCUCAGGUGUUACAAUCUCAAACGUUACAAUAGAAUCUAGAAUUUGUGUUACAUGAUGAGCAUGACAGACUCGCGCAGCGUUCCACCUUUUGCAGUACAAAUUUCGCCAGAUUGUAGUGCGGUUUAGGGGUCCGGAACUUGUCAUGCGCAAUCCUAUGAGAGUUGGCUAGAUCAUGCACUCUCGCAUCACAGAUUUCCAUAUUCUAUUGUAACGCUUGAGAUUGUAACACCUGAGCGGGUUAUAACCCCGAGCCCAACUUUUUCGCCGGUUUUUUCGGGCUCGCCAAAGCGUCCGCUGGCUGCCGCGACCGGGGGUCGGGAGUCUGGGAGAACAUUUUGCGGGCGGUGAACGGCGAGAAGCGGAACUUGCGAAACGAGGAUCCGGAGUGGCGUUUGAAGCUGGUACCGCCGAAGCAUUCGCUGUUUUACGAAGAGAGGGGGAAGGAGAACUCGUAUCUGGAAAUCGUAAUGAACAAGCAAGUUCCUCUACUCGAAGAUCAGGAAGAACAAGAUCGCCAAAAACAUCGUCCGGCCAUUUCUAGCAAGAACAACGACCCAGUGGUCCUCCUCUACUCGGAACCCCGACAGCAAGACAAGUACAUUCAUUCUGCCCGGUUCGGGGAGUUUUUGAUGUACAACCUCCAGAUUUGCGGCACGAUAUCAAUUGCAAAUAGGUCAUCUGGGUCCUCUGGACGAUUGGUGCAAGGUUUUUGUCAUGCAAGUUUCGCAUCACCGCACAAGGUUUGGAAUCAUGCGCCGGGUUCUAGCAUCACAAGUUUUGAGAAGUAGCCUUUUGUUUCUCGAUGUUUAUUCUGCAUGAGAGAUUUUGGGUUAUCGGGUAACCAAAAGUAAGUGGGCAUUCGCAUUUUUGCUGGUCACGCAAUACAGAUGUUUGAGUCGAGCAGACCUAGCAUAAGAAACCUUGGAGCGGUCUUGUGCAGACCCAGACGUAUUUGCAUUGAAUACACCGACAUUUUCUACAACCUGUCCUCCAACUGGCUGGUGCAAAUCGACACGCGUUCCGUCGUAUCAAAUGUAAAAAUGUCUGGGUCUGGAAGAAUCCGAAAUUUGUUAUGCUGUUUUUGCAUGACACAGAAUGUCUGUCAUGGAAGCCCAAGCAUCACAGAUUUUUAGAGGCCUUCCUGAUGCCUAGUCCGCAUGACAAAGGCUCUCCACGCGUAUGCGGCUGCGGAUGCGGCCGGGUGGUAGUUAGGAAGUGGAGCAAGUAUCCACCUAGGGGUAUUGGCAGAGGCUAAAUCUGUUCUAACGCCCAGGUAUUGGCAGAGGCUAAAUCUGUUCUAACGCCCACCCGCCAGGAGUAAAAUGGUUACUACUACUACUACUACGCGUAGCACAAACCGGACUCCUCCUGCUGGUCAUGCAAUACAGAAUUUUUUAGAGUCCAAAGUUAGCAUCACAAGUUCCAACCUUCCAGACCCAGACAUUUUUACAAUUCAUACGUCGGCGUGACUCUGCCAAAAAUCCUCUACGACCGCGUGCUAGCGCAGUUGGAUUUGGCGAACGUGUUUGAUUGCACGUCGACCACAGGUGAAAGCAGCACUCUAAAAAUAUCUGGAGCACAUAUUAAGCCAAUUUUCCCCUGCCGGAUACGCGACGGUGUGACGGCGCAGACGGGGUACCGGGAAAAUUUGAAGCAAAAUCUCCCGAUUUUGUCUUUCGCGCUGGAGGAUUUGGGCGAGGAGAGUUUUUAUCAAAUGCAAAAAUGUCUGGGUCUGGAAGAAUGCGAGUUUGUCAUGCUUGUCUGGCGUGACUCGACAAUCUGUGUUGUAUAGGGACGAAAAGGCCCCCUUACCUGUCAUGCAAAAACGCAGUUUGCCAUGCGGAAUACGUAAGACAUGGCAGCCAACAAAUUUGUCAUGCAUAGGUGCGCAUCUUUGCAGUGCGUUUAUCAUUCACUUUUAGCAUUAGACCCAGACAUAUUUGCAAUCCAUAGUUUUCUCACCUCAACACCAGCCUCGGAGCAGCUGCAGCCGUCUUCUUCUGACGACGGAAGAAAUAUCGUCGGAGAUGAAGUUGAGGUGGAUCAACAUCACCAUGAUGGCCAUAAUCAACAUCUGCUAGAUGAAUAUUACCAAACCCCCGCAACUAGAGGUACAUCAGCUGCAACUUCUUCUACCCGAUUGCAACUCCCGCUGGCUCAUUUGGUGCUCUGUGACGAAAGCAGUGCUAAAAGUGGAAGCGCUUCUCCUGCUCGUGCUAUCUCUUGCUACCUCGCGCUCAGCUGCGCGGGUGGUUGUGAAAGAAAUAAUGGGGAUCAUCUUGUUCACAGCGGAAUAAAUGACGGCUCUAGAAGAAGAAGUAAUGGAGGUGACAGCAGCAGCGGUGCAGAAGCAGAUACGCUCCAGGACAAUGACAACGAUGGGAUUCCGCAGACCGGGUCUUUUCUCUCCGACGACGGCUCUGUAUCAAUUGCAAAUGAUAUGUCUGGGUCUAGAAAGCUGUGAUGCUGUAUUGCGCAUGACUGCAACGCUUGCAGUUGCAGCCAAGCAUGACAAACUUUCGGGCCGCUUUCUGCUGCCCGACGCGCAUAUACGAGUUGCGUUAUUUUGCGUAACAAGGGAAGGAGCUGCUCACUUGCUGCUCAUGCAACACAGGUUUCCCAGGAAUGCAAGACACGCAUUACAAGUUCCACCUUUAUUGCAGACCCAGACGUAUUUGCAACGCACACUUCGACGACAGCAUCGAUUUGUCGGCGCAGCACAUCUCCUUCGGCAGUCUCGCGGUGUCCGCAUUUGAGAAGCUGGUUUUCAAGCAGAACUAUCGAAAAGAAAAAUCCCCCCUCCCCAUAUCAAAACGAAAUUUCUGAUGCUGGAUUUGUGUACACAAAUCCGAGCUGUCUUGCUGGAGAGCACUGCAGGCCCAUACCAAGUGCGAGUAGAAGCGUUUUGGCUUAAGCACUUGACAUGAAAAACGUCCGCGCUGUAGGCCCAACAGCAUGACAAACCGUCUGCACAGUGCGGCGGUUGUCUCCGCAGUUGCGUUCUUAUGCAAGACAGACACGAUUUGUGAUCACAAAUCAGCAUCACAAAUUUCCAAAAAUAUACCUUUUCAGUAUGGGAAGGGCGGAUUUUUCCUUUCAAUAAGAACCGGGUAGGGUUUAUGCUCCUUACUCGACAAGACGAAGGAACUACAUCGAGUUUCAACGACGAGAACGCGAAGACCAGUCAGUGGGGGCACACACGACCAGGCGCUGUAGUUUCAGUGGCCGAGGAGCACCACCAGGAUCUUCCACGUGGUACCAGUGGUAGUUCUCCAACCGCGUCUACCGUCGGUAUUACCCCCUCAUUCGACUUGCAGCAGGAGCAGCAGCCAACAGAAGGACCAAGAACUUUUCACAUCCCCAUCGCGGCGACGCCUUUCGCCGAUCCUCGUGGGGAACAGUCACGACCAAAAAUGGCAGUCACUCGUCGUCCGUGGCAAGAACAGGUUCAAGGCACAGGGCAACCUCCUGCUCCUGCUAGUGCUCCGACUUCCACAGGCGGUAUGCAAGAAAAUAACCGUGUAAAAAGUGUAAGUAUAGUGUAUCAUGAUGCAGAAAGUGCAAAACUGGUACACUUUUCAUGCCACGAAGUCCUCUUUUCCUGUAAGUUUUCACGUGCUAGCUGUGCAUGACAACUUUCUUUUCUGUCACGCGGAGCAAGUUUGUUAUGCUGUCCUUCCAAGACGCCUACACGGACACAUUUUUUUUCUUGGAUAAGCGGUGGUUCCAGUGGCCGCGAGGACACCGCCAGCGCGACCGUAUCAAAUGCAAAAAUGUCUGGGUCUGGAGGAUUUCUAAAUUUGUCAUGCAUAUUUUGCAUGGCCCAUGGUGUCUGUGAUGCAUGCCGUAGCAUCACAGUUUUUUAGAGCGCUUUGUGAUACCUCUACCGCAUGAGAAAUGCCCUCUCCGCGUAGCACAAACUGCAGUCCUCUUGCUGGUCAUGCAAUACAAAUUUUUUUAGAAUCCAGAGACAGCAUCACAGGUGUAGAAUGUUCCAGACCCAGACAUAUUUGCAUUUGAUAGGUCGAAGAUCCCUACAAAAGCCUCUUCGAUCGGCUGUUUGGAACGAGCGGGAUUAGUAAAAGUUCCGCAGACCAUGACCAGGCACCGAGCGACAGCUUCUCCUCCGGAAGGAGCCAAAAUGCUGGCUUUAGAAGUAGUACCAAUUACGCCAGCGACGGCGCUUUGGACGAGGAAGAGCCUGUACUAGGUAUCAAACAAAAAAGUGUUAGCCUUAGCGGUUUGGGUUUUCACAAAUGGCAGUCAUGCAUAAUAAAAAUUUUGCCUUCCAUGCAUGCUACGCAAUACAACUUUGGGCACCUUUUCUGAUGCGUUACUGCAUCACCAAUUCCGUUAACGUUAACACUUUUUCUUGUGAUACUAGGACUCGGGCCGCAGCUCUCGUCGAACGUCAACACCCUUGGGCGGCGGAGAACGAAUAGGAGGGACGAAGAGGGCCUGCAUCAAACUUCUAGUAGACUAGCCACUGAUGAUCAUAUGCAAUUACAGAAAUCUUCCGUACAUCUACAUGUACAAAAUGCAUCACAAAUUUCACCAACUUAGAAGAAGCAACUUGUCACGCUGAAAGGGUUAUUUCAAUGAAAAGUUUGGGAUGCAGGAGCUCGAUUUGUACUUAGUUGUACGUGUACAGGAAAUUUACUGUGGAUAGACCAUACUACGGAAGAAGAAGAUGCAAGAAUACAACGCUCGCUGUCGCAGUUGCGCAACGAUGAUUUUGCAACGCUCUUUCCCAAACACCUAAACGACUACGGGCUGAGCUCUUGGCGGGUGCUGGUGGUGCAGUAUGCUGGCACUGAAAAAGACAGGCAAGAAGGGGGUUUUGUAAAAUGCAAAAAGAAAGACCACUAAGACUACGCGACAGCAAAUCAAAAUCGAUCUUGCGUAUACUAAAAAAUGGCAUGCUGAUGAGAGAUUUUUCUGUUAUAUUGUUUUUGCAUUGCAAAAACUUCAAUGUCCUGCCUGCUUUUUUCUGUGCGAUACACAGAAGCUGUUCGGGUUUUUUCUCGAGAGAAGAAAUAGCAGCCACCGGCGCCUGCAGCUCGGAGUGUCGGACCACCGGGUGCGACAUUAUGAUCAUGGGAUGAUCAACUUCGCAGACCGCGGCCGUAGAAGCGAUCGCACUACUUCGUCUAGGGUUCCGUCCUUUAUACCCCUCGCGGCCGGCCCCGAGAUCGACUUCAGGAAUCCUAUGGAAAGCCUGCAGAAGAUGCUGGCGCAGCUGAGUCGGCGGGGCGACGUCGAGCCGGAAUCCACAAUAAGUGCGGGGCAGGGCCAAGGCAAUGCUAGUCCACCCUCGCCAGAGGUGGUGGACGGGGCUAGAACAACAGUGUUGCCGUCACAGAAAGACGACGACGACGAGGAUGAUGCUGCGAGAGAAACAGAACUCGUCUCGUCCCACGACCCGCCUGUGCUCUACUACACGCGGGGGCACAAAAUGAUCGUGCGAGAGAGCACGAAAUUCUGCAGCGCGACGGUUCACUGUGCCGAGGCGCCAAACGGCGUAUCAACUGCAAAUGUCCCUGGACGUCUGGAAGAGUGUAAGCUUGUCACGCAGGUGUUCCAUGACCCAUGAGGUCUGGAAUCAUGCGGGACCUAGCAUGACAGACUCUGAUGUGAGGUCUCUGUCAUGCCAAUCCUGCAUGGGAAACGCCCUCCCAACUUGGUCGAAAGUGGACAGCUUUUGGUACUUUUGCAACACAAAUUGAAAUUUUUGCAUGAUUCGGAUUUAGCAUAACAAGUUACAACCUUCCAGACCCGGACUACAUAUUUGCAAUGCAUACGGCGACGAAAUCUACGACGCGACGUUAAAUCGGUGCGUUCUAUUGCAAGAAAAAAACUGUGUAAGUGUAACUUUGUGUUGCAGACGAUGCAAGACACUUAGACCUGUCAUGCUGGAGAUGCAUCAGAGGCUCUCUUCGUACGUGUUUUCACGUGCUAGUUACGCAUGACAUGUCAUGCAGAGCAAACUUGUGAUGCUAUUCCUCCAAGAAAGUACACACUUACACUGUUUUUUUCUUGCAUACUUUCCAAUGCCUAUGGAUUGCAAAUGUGUCUGGGUCCACCUCUGGAGUAAACUUGUGUUGCUCGCGCUUGCAUUGCAGAGUAGCCACUUGUACGGCAUACGAGCAUGGGAAAUCAGUAUGCUGGGGCUCACGGCAGAUUCAUUCCUAACACGGAUGGGAAACUGGCGCCCAGCAGCACAACAAAGAUGUAGAAGAAGAACUUGCUCACUCGUACUCAGGCACUACUACAGAUCUUGUUGUCCAUCUCUAGAAUUGGAAUUCGCAUCAGAGCUCCAGACCCAAAUAUAUUUGCAGUGCAUGAUGCCCUGCGCGCAGUUGUACUUCUUCGCGACAUUCAACGGUGACACGAAGCGCUGCGAGGUACGGGGCAGUGUGUACGUGGUGCUCGGGGUGUCACUUUUUUUGCUCGUUGCGUUUGAGCUGUUUGGCUACUUCGGAAUUUACCGAAAAAGGGUUCUGGGGCACAGGAGCAUUGUGAAUCAACAUGGGAGAUAAGUUUACUAGGGAGGCGGCUUUUUUUCUUUGUGCUUUGUGAACACGACUGUAAUAUGCUCUUCUGAUCAUGAGGAACGAGAAAAUCGCCUAGGUACCGAAUUUUUCUUUCUUUGAAUGUGCAACAUCCUGUGAAUCUGUAUCUACUAAACUCAGGCUGGCUACUGUAGUUGCAACUGGUUAUCUGGAAGAGACGCGACGGAAGUCGGAGCGAGAAGAA